AAGCUGUUCUUGAUGUGUUUUUGGUAAAAUAGAAAAUGUUGCAUUUGAGGUUAAUCGUGGACUGCUAAAGGAGCUUGAAGAUAUGGGAUUCUCGAUGGCCCGGGCAGCCUGGGGUCUGCAUCACUCUGGUAACUCUAAUCUUCAAGAAGCUGUGAUUUGGAUCAUAGAUCAUGAAAGUGAUUCACAGUUUGAUAAAAUGCCUUUGGUGGAAUUUAACAUUGAGAUUGAGUCUCCAAAUCCAACUGAUGAUACAGUAGAAACUUCUCAGGAAAGAGCUAAAGAACUAAUGUAAGGAACAAGCUCGUAAACUAAGAGAAGAAGAAGAGACUAAACGUGAAAGAGAAAGACAAAAGGAAAGGAAUCGAGCAGGGAAAGAGAUGAUGGAGACAAAGCGAACCGCGGAAGAAAACGAACGAAAACGGAAUAUAGCUUUGAGGAAAGCUGAGAAAGAUGAGGAGAAAAAAGCAAGGGAGAAAAUUAUGCUUAAAGUUAAUGCAGACAAGCUGGAGAGAAAGCGAAGAGUUCGACCGCGAUUAUCAGUCGAAACAGAAUCUGCUUCGACAUCAAAUGAUGUUGCUCCACUUGACCCUAAGAGGAUAUCAAUGUCGACAUCAACCCUAGUCUCGAAAGCAGAGGAGAUGAGAGAAUGUUUAAGGUCAUUAAGACGAAACCAUAAGAAUGAAGAUUCAAGAAUCACUAGGAAGGCAUUUGAAACGCUUCUGAUGAUUGUGAGUAACGCAGCCAAGAAGCCAGGUGAAGAAAGAUAUAGAAGAAUCCGUGUAACGAACCGCUUGUUCCAUGAGAGAGUUGGGAGAUAUAAAGAAGGUAUUGAGUUCAUGGAGCUGUGUGGAUUCAAGAGAGAUGAAGGAUCUGAGUUCUUGUCUCUACCGAACCGCGACUUAGACGUUAACCGGCUUCGAGACGCUGCGUUUCAGCUGAACUCUGCGGUUACCAAUCCCUUCUUUGGUCUUUUCUCCACGGAAGCUGAAGACCUUGAACAUUAAACUUUUCUCUUCGAUUAUUUCUCAUAUGUUAAUCUUUAGCUCAAGAGAAUUAUCUGAUAAAUUAUGACUAUUU